AUGGCACGAACAUUGGCAACAGCCACGCUGCUGACUGUACUGGCAAAUGCGACCAGCGAGCACGAAGGACCAACCAAGACGUAUCCUCCUCAAUCAUGGUCAUCCGUGACAUGGUGGCCUAAUCCACCUUUUGUGACGGAGAGCUAUGGACCAAUCUCACCGCACUACUACACACCACCAGUCACUACAUCGCUGUCGAGCGUACCGGCAUACACAUACACUUCACCACCAGGCUACUCGUCCGUGAGCAUUCCGACAUCCUAUCCCAACUCCACCAAGCCUUCUGGGCCUGGCUCAACAGGCAACGCUACCCUACCAGCUUGCAAGAAGAUCCAAUACGACUUCCCGUCUGGCCAAGGUGGGAACGCCGAUCGUGCGAAUGCGAUCAAGGAUGCUUAUCUCGAUGGCUGGAAUGCCUAUGUGAAGUACGCCUUCGGCAAAGAUGAGCUGCAGCCUCUCAAUGCUUCUGGUGUGGACAACUGGUUCGGAUGGGGAGUUACGAUCGUGGACGCAAUUGAUACAGCUAUCAUCAUGAAUUUGACCGACGUCGUGGCGCAGCAGCUCGCUUUCAUCCAGACCAUUGACUUUACCACCACAACCUAUGGGCCUGUGGAGAUCUUCGAUGUUAACAUUCGGUAUUUGGGCGGUCUGGUCUCGGCAUACGAUCUGCUGAAGAGUGGACAAUUCUACAAUGAUUACCCAGCUGAUCAGAUCGAGGCGCUGCUCACCCAGGCACAGUCGCUGGGAAACAAGAUUGCUUAUGGCUUCGAUACGCCUACUGGAUUGGCUUCGAGCAAUGUCAACUUCACGUCCAACGAGCCGGUUUUUGGUACCUACACUGUGGCAGCCACGAACGUGACUUACAACUCGACCAAUACCGCGUCGACGGGGACUUUCAUUCUCGACUGGUUUCGUCUCUCUGAUAUCAGUGGCAACCAAAGCUAUCGCCAACUCAGCGAGAGAGCAGAAAGCUACCUCGUCAACCCCUCCCCAGCACCAAGUUUCCCAGGCUUGAUCGGGACUCAAUUCGACAUCGACACCGGCAACAUGCUGACAUUUGAUGGUGGCUGGGAAGCGGGUGUGGACAGUAUGCUCGAGUACCUGAUCAAGACAUAUCAGUACCAGCAAACACCCACCACAACCCAAUACAAGGAUUUCUGGCUGCAGGCCGUCGACUCGACAAUCAAAUAUAUCGCCCUCCACCCGUACGGCUUCGAUGACUUGACCUUCCUGUCCGAGCUAGACGUCAAUGGCACGAUCGCAUACACUCAGGACGACUUCUCUUGCUUCGCCGGCGGCAACUUCCUCCUCGGCGCCAAGUUACUCGACAUGCCCGAACUCCUCGAUCUCGGCAUAGCAGUCACAGACGGCUGCCACCAAACCUACAACACCACGUUGACCGGCCUAGGCCCAAUCGAAUGGCAAUGGUACAAUUCCUCGAACCUCGCUUACGACCCUCUCCGUGACAACGAUUCACCUGCUCGCAAAUGGGCGGCUAAGUACGGCUACUUCAUCCCCGAGGGUGAUGAGAACUGGUCUUCGCGCCCUGAGCCGACGGAGAGUUUGUUCUAUGCUCAUCGUAUCACGGGCGAUGCUAGGUGGGCGGAGUACGGAUGGCAGGUUUUCCAGGCGAUCAAUGAGACGGCAAGGAAUCCGAUUGCGUUUGCUACAGUGAACAAUGUUAACAUGCCCUUUGGGGGGAGUAUGAGCAAUAAUCUUGAUUCGUUCUUCUUUGCUGAGGUGCUGAAGUAUCUCUAUCUACUGUUCAGCGAUCCGAGUGUUAUUGAUCUGUCAGAGUGGGUUAUUAAUACAGAGGCUCAUCCAUUCCUAGUCCAGUGCGGCAAUGGUGCCGUAGAUAAUUACUGA